CGUGUGAUGAUAUAAACCCGUGGAGUGAAUGUUAUUCUGCCAAAUAUCUUAAAAAAGUUGCAUAUAACUUAUGUGUUUUUCUUUUUUUCAGAGCAGAACCGGCAGCACAAGCAGUACUUUUAAAUGCCAAAAAAGAUGAGAAUGAGUGGAGCGAAAUUCCGGCAUAUUAUGCUAGCAGUCAGGCGGAGGCUAACGCAACACUGUUCCCAAAACUUGACGAAAUACCCGCCGGUUCAUCGUCCCCUUUCGUGCAACAGCAGAACGAAGGCUCAUUGAUUGAAAGUAACGGCGAAGAUUUAGUCAGUGCAGCUAGUGGCCUUACGAAUGGCGGCUAUACGAGUGAAACUGGCGGCGGCGCAUCCUCGGCGCACUUUGUACCCAUAUCAAUCUCAUCACUGUCGGCCAGAGCUAGUGGCCUUACGAAUGGCGGCUAUACGAGUGAAACUGGCGGCGGCGCAUCCUCGGCGCAUUUUGUACCCAUAUCAAUCUCAUCAUUGUCGGCCAGAGAUAUUAUGGCGCGAAAGCGGCCGCGGCAGAGCGUUUCCGAUAGCCCUACAGCGCUGGAGAAAACCAUUGCAAAUAGUCUGGAAUUUAUCCAAGGAUUUAUCUACACAGCACUGCAGAAGCAGAAGGAGCAAGAGCAGGAGAAGGAGAAAGCAAAAAGCGCAAACACAGCCCUCUUCGAAUGCAUCGACCACCUCACAGCCGACAUGUCACCGAUGGAACGCCAGGAAGCUGUCCGAGAAAUGAAGAGAGCUUGCGUGAGCAUUUGCGGUAAAAUUAUUAAUAAGUCAAAGGAUGCAACGUGAAG